AUGGAUGAAAUGUUUGACGUGUUCGAGGGCAAGGCGGCCCCGCAGAGCGACAGCGAAGAGGAGCGACCGCCCCCCAAGAGCCGGAACCGCGACGCGACCAAGAAGCGAAAGGCCGACGAGGCCAUGAACGGAGCAGCUGCCGCUAGUGCUGCAAAGGACACAGCCGACGUCGAUAUGGGCGAUGCGACCGAGUCUCCCAACGACGAUGACGACUCGGACGACUCCGAAACGCCGAGCCAGCAGGACAAGAAGCGGCGCAAGAAGGAGGACGGCGUGGGCCCGGUCAUGACGGACUCGUUCCAUACAGCCCAGUCGAGAGAAGUUGCCGGAGCCACAACUUUGCUACCUCAAGACGCCUCUCUUGUCCUGUCGCACAACAUCCAGCAUCAGGUAGCUCUUCCGCCGGAUCUAGACUACGAAUACGUGCCUCUGUCGGAGCACAAGUCGCCCGACGAGCCCGCCAGGACGUGGAGCUUCAAGCUUGAUCCCUUCCAGAGCCUGUCCGUUGCCUCGAUUGAGCGCGACGAAAGCGUGCUGGUAUCGGCGCAUACCAGUGCCGGAAAGACGGUCGUUGCCGAGUACGCCAUCGCGCAGUGUCUUAAGCGCAACCAAAGGGUCAUUUACACGAGUCCGAUCAAGGCCCUCAGCAACCAAAAGUUCCGCGACUUUGACGCCAUCUUCGGGGAUGUCGGCCUAAUGACGGGCGACGUCACCAUCAACCCCACGGCCAGCUGCUUGGUCAUGACAACCGAGAUUCUGCGCUCCAUGCUGUACCGCGGCUCCGAGAUCAUGCGCGAGGUGGCCUGGGUCGUCUUUGACGAAAUCCACUACAUGCGAGACAAGACACGAGGCGUGGUGUGGGAGGAGACCAUCAUCAUGCUUCCCGACAAGGUUCGGUACGUCUUCCUCUCGGCCACCAUUCCGAAUGCCUUCCAGUUUGCCGAGUGGAUAGCCAAGAUCCACCACCAGGCUUGCCACGUUGUGUACACCGACUUCAGGCCGACGCCUUUGCAAAACUACUUCUACCCCGCCGGCGGCAAGGGCGCGCACAUCGUGGUGGACGAGAAGGGCAACUUCAACGAGCACAACUUCAACCAGGUCAUGAAGGAGGUGGAGGAGAGAAAGGGCACCGACUCCAAUGAUGUCAAUGCCAAGAUGAAGGGCAAGGGAAAGAACAAAAAGACGAACAAGGGCGGUGCCGACGAGGGAUCUGACAUUUACAAGAUCAUCAAGAUGACCAUUAAGCAAAAGUUCAACCCAGUCAUCGUCUUCAACUUUAGCAAGCGCGAGUGCGAGGACCUAGCCAUCAAGGUGUCCAACCUCGACUUCAACGACGAUUCGGAGAGGGCCCUGGUGAGGAAGGUCUUCAACAGCGCCGUGGAAAGCUUGUCCGAGCAAGACCGCGAGCUGCCUCAGAUUAUGCACAUUUUGCCCCUGUUGGAGCGCGGCGUCGGCGUUCAUCACUCGGGCUUGCUUCCCAUCCUCAAAGAGACCAUCGAGAUUCUGUUUCAAGAGUCCCUGAUCAAGGUCCUGUUUGCGACCGAGACUUUUUCCAUCGGCCUCAACAUGCCCGCCAAGACGGUUGUCUUCACCCAGGUCACCAAGUGGGACGGCAUCCAACGGCGACCCAUUACAUCGUCUGAGUACGUUCAGAUGGCCGGGCGAGCCGGUCGACGAGGCCUGGACGCCAGAGGUAUCGUCAUCAUGAUGAUCGACGACAAGCUGGAGCCAGACGUUGCCAAGGACAUUGUGACCGGGCACCAAGAUAGGCUGAAUUCGGCAUUCUACCUCGGGUACAACAUGAUUUUGAACCUGCUGAGGAUUGAAGCCAUUUCACCCGAAUUCAUGCUGGAGAGGUGCUUCCACCAGUUCCAGAACGCAGCUAGCGUUCCUUCGCUGGAAAAAGACUUGAUGGCCCUUCAGCAGGGGCGGGACGCUUUGACAAUUCCCGACGAAGCAACCAUCAAGGACUACUAUCAGAUUCGGCAGCAGCUCAACACCUACACGAGAGACAUGCGCGCCGUCAUCCAGCAUCCGCAGUACAGCCUUGAUUUCCUGCAGCCCGGCCGGCUGGUCCAGAUCUACAACCCCAAGGAAUCGCCCGACAAUGAGUCGCACCUAAUUGAGGUCCUGCUGCCCCUCUCCUCGUCGAGUGCCGACAUUUUCCUAGGCCAACCGACAAGCGAAAUGCCCCCUGGUCUGUCGCCGGCCAAUGGUGAACAAGACACCGUCCACGAAGUCGUCCCUUGCUUGCUCACGUGCAUCAAGGCCAUCGGCCAGAUCCGCAUCUUCAUGCCCAAAGAUGGAUUGAAGACGCAGCAGGACAAGGAGCAAGCCUGGAAAUCGCUGGCCGAGAAGCUCUUGCGCAAGAUCGAAGUGCUCGAGUCGAGGCUCCUGGCCAACCCGCUCCAUCUCUCGCCCCUCCUCCCAUCGCUCUGGGACCAGUACCACGCCAAGGUCCGGAUGGGAGAUAAGGUCAAGGAAAAGAAAAAGUCGAUUGCCAAGGCCCACAGCAUUGCUCAACUGGACGAGCUCAAGUCCCGAAAGCGAGUGCUACGCCGACUCGGGUUCAUUAACGACGCCGAAGUGGUGCAGCUCAAGGCUCGAGUGGCCUGUGAGCUUUCCUCGACCGAAGGCCACGAGCUGCUGCUGUCCGAAUUGCUCUUUGACCGGUUCUUCAACGAGCUGACGCCUGAGACGUGCGCUGCCGUCCUGAGCUGCUUCAUCUUUGACGAAAAGGUGGAUACCAACGCGCUCAAGGAGGACCUGCAGAAGCCGUACCGCGAGAUCCAAGCCAAGGCGCGAAUCAUUGCCAAGGUCAGCCAGGAGUGCAAGCUCGACGUAAAUGAGGAGGCGUACGUCACGAGCCUCAAGUGGCAACUGAUGGAAACGGUCUACAGCUGGGCCCAGGGCCGGCCAUUUUCCGAGAUUUGCAAAAUGACGAAAAUCUAUGAGGGUUCUCUGAUUCGGCUGUUUCGCCGCCUUGAAGAGCUGCUGCGGCAAAUGGCCCAGGCCGCCAAGGUCAUGGGCAACGACGACCUGAUGAAAAAGUUUGAGGAGAGCCUGCAAAAGGUCCGAAGAGACAUCGUGGCCGCCCAGAGUCUGUACCUGUAA